GUCGUGAUGGGUGACACAUGCUCCCUAGAGUCGGUUUGCCGGCGUCAGCGGUUGUCUGCACGCGCUUCCGGUCCUGUCUGGGACCCAGAGGCAGGGCGGCCAGAUGCGGGGCACCAGGGCCCAGCAAUCGGGCCAGGGUGGGAGAAGAGCCUGCCUGGGGGCUGCCUUACUACUCUGUUUCAGCCUCUUGCCAAUACAUGCCCAGGAUUACACGGCCCCGCUAAGAAACCCACCCACGUUGGACGCCUGGCCCAUACCAAAAGGCCCAAAUUCCCUGUCAAAAGUAUGUGGCAGGACCAAAUUCCAAGGGAAGAUCUUUGGCGGUCAGAUGGCAGCCCCUGAGCGGUGGCCAUGGCAGGCCAGUCUGCUCUUUCGGAACGCUCAUAUCUGCGGAGCAGUUCUCAUCGACAAAAACUGGGUAGCAAGCGCUGCCCACUGCUUCCAAAGGUCGAAGAAACCAUCUGACUACCGGAUCCUGCUAGGGUACAACGAGCUGAGCAGUCCCACCAAUUACAGCCGGCAGAUGACAGUGAAUAAGCUCAUCUUCCACGAGAAAUAUAAGAAGUUCUACACACGGGGGAAUGACAUUGUCCUGAUUCAGCUUCACAGGCCUGUGGUGUUCAGUUCCCACAUCUUCCCCGCCUGCGUACCAGACAGCACCACGAAGGUGCCCCUUGAUAGGUUCUGCUGGAUAAGUGGCUGGGGGAAUCUCAGAGAGAAUGUGUUCCUGCAGUCACCUUUCCCUCUGCAGGAGGCAAAGGUCUUCCUUAUGGAUAACACGAAAUGUGAAGCCUUUUUCCAGACUCCCGAAACCAGCAUCAUUAAAUAUAAAGUUAUGAAAGAUGAUAUGCUAUGUGCCGGCGACAUCAGCCAAGGAAAGUCCAUCUGCCGAGGAGACUCGGGAGGUCCCCUUGUCUGCUCAGUGAAUGACUACUGGUAUGUGGUCGGGCUGGCCAGCUGGAAGGGGGCAUGUCUCCAGCCAAUUUCCAGGCCCAACAUUUUCACCAAUGUCUCCUACUUUUCCGACUGGAUCAAGAAGAAAAAAGAAACGCCUGACGCCGACCCCUCCUCCGCGCCCCCUGAGGAGAGUGCCCCCAGUAUGGUAGGCUGGAGGAAUUAUGGCAAUGGUUCUACCAACAAACCCAGGAUCUGCAUAACUCUGCUGUUUUCUCAAGUCCUCUUUCUGCAGUUGAUUUGGCUCCAGAUUCUGUGAUGGCCCUACAGAGGUAUGCCAGCUGUCAUGGUCUCAUCAACCUUGUCACCGAGCACCACCUUGAAUGCUCAUCUGUCUAUCUGAGGUUACCCCUGCUCCAGGCCUGACAGAAUAAAACAACUGAACAAA